AUGCUUCACUAUUGGCUAGUAAAGUCCCAAUCGAAUCCAGCAACUGAUCCACUACUCUUCUGGUUUAACGGAGGUCCAGGAUGUUCAUCACUUAAUGGAUUAUUGGAAGGAAUGGGUCCAUAUAUUUUAAGCCCUGAUAAAAAAACUCUAAUCAAAAAUGAAAAUAAUUGGAAUAAAAAUGCUUCAAUAGUUUAUAUAGAGGCUCCAAUAGGUGUUGGGUAUUCAUAUGCUCUUAAUGGGAAUAUUACGAUAAAUGAUGAUCAAACUGCUGAUGCCAACUAUGAAGCAAUUAAAUUAUUCCUAGCAAAAUUUCCAAUGUUCCGAAAAAGCAAGCUAUACGUAGCUGGAGAAUCUUAUGCAGGUGUUUAUGCCCCAAUGGUUGUUGAUCGAAUUAUUAAAGGACAAAAAGUUUUUCCCAUUAAUUUAAAGGGAUUAGCAAUAGGAAAUGGAUUAAUGAAUUGGAAUAUGAGUAUUGAUACAACCUUACAGUUUGCCUAUGGCCAUGGUAUUUUGGACGAAGAAACAUGGCAAUUGUUUUCGAAACAAUGCUGCAAAGGAUGUGUUGGCAAGUCCCUUUAUUUAAAAAAAUUCUAA